GACAGGGGCGGGGGCGGAAGGCGGGAAUGGCGCGCGCGGCGUGGAGGCAGCACGUGCGGGAGGCGCUGGAGGAGCGCGAUGGGCGCACGCGAUGCCUGUGCGGGCUCCUGGAGCAGCAUGAGAAGCUGCAACUCCGCCUGGAGAUGCUGCUGGGCGGCGCGGGCGUCGGCGUCAGGUACCAGCUGGAGGUGGUCGAGCUGCGCCGAGAGCGGGCGGAGCUGCACCAGCAACUGGCUGUUGUCACAGAGGCCCUGGAGAAGACCGAAGCAGAGGCUCGGGGACAGCGUGACAGGAUAAGGCAUCUUUUCCGGGACUUGGGGGCUCUUAAGCACCAGCACCAGCGGCUGCUGUGCCAGGCCUGGGGCUUCUCCCAGGAGGCCGAGGGACUGCGUGGGGAGCUGGAUCUGGCCUGGAGGCUCCUGCGGGAGGCUCAGCAGGAGCUCCUGGUGCUGGAGGACCGCUGGGUGAGAGAGAAGGCGCAGGAGGCCGCGCGGCUGAACCGGGCCAAUGAACGAGAGGAGAAGCAUCAGCGGAAGGUCAGCCGCCUCCUGGCGAAGUUGGAGAGGGUGGGAGCCGGAAAGGCGCUCCUGGGCCCCAAAACGGCCGCCAGUGAAGCCGGCUGCAGUGCAUCUAGGGAGGAGGCUGAAACGGCUGCAGAUGUCGGGCUGGGGCAGGCUACCCCCACAAGCUCUUCUUCCCCUGAGCGAUGGGCCAGGAGUCAGCCCGGCAGCACAGGUAAGAGUCCGCUGAAUCGCUAUGCGUGUUCCCAGAGGCACUGCUUCCCGCAGUGACCUGCUGCUCUUUUUGUCGUUGCUGCAGGUGCCCGUCCGAGAGUCGCUUCCUGAGUCUUCCCCUGAACCAGGAGGAGGCCGAGUCCUCGCAGGCCCGGGGGAGGAGGGAUAACGGGCAGGUCUCCGCUGUGCAGGGGGCAUAGGCAGCCUCUCAGCACACUUGGCACAUUGGCCGGCGGGGUGGGGGGGUGCGUUUCGGGGAAGGACUGUACCCAUAACUUCUGCCGCUCACCAGCUUCGAGGACCGCAGGCCAGAGACCAGCAGCGUUUUGGGCCUUUUAUUUUAUGCUCUUUGUUCUUGUGGGGUGGCGAGGAGGCAACCAAUAAACUCACAAAUGAGAACUAGACCCGCAAGUGAAGCUCAGGCUGCGUAGCCGAACAGGUGUUUGGGUUCCGCAGUCAGAUUUGCAGCGAGGGCCGGGGGCGGGGCCACCAGAAUGAAAAGCCAAUUAAAACGUUAUUAUCUGA